AUGACUAUGGCUGGGAGGGAACUUAAUAGCACAGAUGAAAAGGACUCGGAUAAGAGGACAAUCUUGUCUAUGAGUGAUUUUUCCUUCUUUUUAAUCAACAGACCUUUAGCCGUUCUCAACCUUCUGGCAAACAUCUUUUUUGUGUUUUGUUUGAUGACUAGCAAAACACAACAGGUGAAGCAACCUUUAACAAUACUGCUGGGAUCCAUGGUUUCCUUUACAAUACUUUAUUUAUUAUUUUUUACUUUGAUGACUUGUAUUUUGGAAUGGGUAGAAUCAUUUGUAGUUGUUAACAUAAUUUAUGCAAUUGUAACCUUCCUGACACGUGGGAACAUGACCACUUAUGUUUGGCUGAUGUUUUACUACUAUAUCAUGAUCGUCCCGUCCCAGCAAGUCCUCUUGCUCUGGGUGAAGAAGAAAAUACAAUCCAUUAUCUACCUUAUGAUGCUUUUGGACGGCGUGAUUUUUCUGGGCGAAGCCUGCUUCCAAAUUAUUUAUAUUAUGGAUUAUUCCAGAUUCUACAAUGGUACAGAGAGUGUUUAUGAUGAGAUUGAUAUAGCUUUUUUUUCCAUUGUCAAUAUAUACAUGUUUCUCUGCCUGUUUGUUAUGAUGAUCUCCUGCUUCGCCACAACACACUACCUGAACAAACACAUGAAAAGCCUUUCAGCCAGCGUCGGAUCCCUCUCCAACUCACGGCUUCACAGUCAGAUCAGAGUCACCGUCACAGGCAUCGCUCAAGGUGGACUCUGCUUCCUCUGUACCAUGUGGAAUCCACUGUAUGUGAUCUCCUAUUUCUUAUCGCCAUACUUCUACUUUGAUGCGUACAUCCACAUCACAGUCCUCAACCUGUACAUUUCAGGGACCACUGUCAACCUUGGGGUUGGCCAGACUCUCUUCAGGGAAAGGGCAGUGCAUGUCUGGGAGGCUGUCAAAAAAAUACUUUGUACUGGGAAGUCAUCGAAUGAUCAAAGACCACCUGGAAAUCUGGUGACAAUGACAUCGCUUUCUAUCAUAGAAAGCUCUGGUGUUGACACUGCGAUGUCGCUGUGA